GAACGACGCGACGGCAACGCACAACGGUGAGAGACGCGACAAUCGCGAACGAUACAUAUGUGCACGUACAUACGUGGAUCGUGGAUCGUGAGUUUAACGGGCGUGUUUUUUUUUUAAAUAAUACACUUAUCUCAGGCUUUUCAUGCUUUUACGAGCUUUUGGGAGCGGCCAUUCGCUGUGGAUAUUUACGUGUCCUGCUAACGUGUCUCCCGUGUAUUCCUGUGAAUUUGUGAAUGCCGCUUACUCUGUAUAACGGCUAGUAAUGCGAGGCGGCUGACAUAUCGUAGCGGCUACGUUAAACAGACAGGAGAGACAGGCCCACUUUAACUUCACGAACACGAAAUCAGACAUUCUAGAGAGACGUUCGGCGGCAGCCAUCCAGCUAAACAGACAGCCAGUCUCGUAUACAUAUUUGUACGAGAGAGCCAAACGGAUACGCAGGACACAACUCAAGCAUAUAUCCUUACACGGUUCUUUUUAACAUUUUACCGAAACUGUUCGACGUCCAAUAAAACCGCUGUUCAGUGUGAUCGAGACACAUUAAUAAAAGUGUCGUGAAGCACGCGCCAGUUACCGUUUCAUUCAAGAAUGUUUUAAUUACGCUGCAUUAGAAAAAAAGAAAGAAACGAGACUCAUCGUGCUGUCUUCUCAACGAUCCUCUUUCACUGGCUGUGUAAGACAAUCCACGAGUUUUUUAACAACGGAUUCAUUAUUAACCGAAGACGAGUUUGUUAAACUGUCAUCAUAGCUAAUAAGAUGCUGAAGUUUAUAAGAGGAAAGGGCCAGCAACCCAGCGCCGAACGACAAAAAUUGCAAAAGGAUCUUUUUGCAUUUCGCAAGACUGUCCAACAUGGAUUUCCAAAUAAACCAACAGCCCUUGCCUGGGAUCCAAGUCUACGUCUCAUGAUAAUUGGCACUGCCUCUGGCGCCAUUAAAGUAUUUGGAAGACCUAGCGUUGAAUUUUAUGGGCAACACACAACAGAGAGCGGUGAAAAUGCUGUCACGAAGAUCAUUGCUCUACCCAACGAAGGACGUGUUGUGUCGCUCUGUGAUGAUAACUCAUUACACUUAUGGGAGAUCAAUCAAAGCUCUUUGGUGGAAACAAAGUCAUUAUCGUUGGAAGGGAAGCUGAAAAGGAUAUCAGCCAUGUGUCUAGAAUCCAGUGGUGAACAUCUACUUUUGGGCACCGAGGGUGGAAAUAUAUAUUUAUUAAACCUGAAGAGUUUCACGAUGUCAGACAAUAUAAUAUACCAAGACGUUGUGAUGCAAAAUGUCCCUGAAGAUUACAAGAUCAAUCCAGGCGCUGUGGAAGCCAUUGCUGAGCAACCUGGACAUCCGGAUAAUAUUCUCAUUGGUUACAAUCGUGGUUUAAUGGUACUUUGGAACAAAGCUACUCCAGGAGCGCAACAGGCGAACGUGUGUGUGCAGCUGAUGGGUUUGUUUUCGCGUGCGCAGACAUUCGUCUCCACGCAACAGCUGGAAUCGGUUCAUUGGGUUUCCGGGACUCGAUUCGUGUCAUCCCAUAAUGAUGGAUCAUACGCCUUCUGGAGUCCCGGAAGCGAUACUGUACCGGAACCGACGACUCUAUAUGGUCCAUAUCCAUGCAAGGCUGUUAGCAAGAUUCUGGUGCAUCCUAUGGACGAUGGUGAGGAGAUCAUUUUGUUCGCCGGUGGUAUGCCCAGAGCAAGUUAUGGUGAUAGAAAUACUAUCACUGUCAUGACCAAGGAGAAGCACGUAGCUUUUGAUUUUACUUCUAAGGUUAUAGAUUUUUUUACAGUAAAUCCAAAAAGUGAGGAUAAUAAAGAAUCUUCUGAAACUCCUGAAGCGCUAAUAGUUCUUGCCGAGGAAGAACUUGUGGCUAUAGACCUAACUAAUCCUGAUUGGAAAAUGAUGGCUCUACCGUAUUUGGUCUCACUUCAUGCUAGCGCGGUUACGUGUUCUCAGCAUGUCCCUAAUGUACCUGAGGAGUUGUGGGACGCUAUCCUUUCUUCUGGAAAAGCGCAGACAGAACAUCUCUAUUCGGAUAAAUCCUGGCCUAUAGAUGGUGGAUACAUUCUGUGCCAGAAACCCGCAAAUUCUGAUAAACCCAAAAGUCAUGAGCUAUUACUGACGGGUCACGAGGAUGGUACAGUGCGUUUCUGGAAUGCAUCGGACGUAACACUGACGCCACUUUAUAAAUACAACUCAUCGAUACUCUUCGCGGGGGAACAUCUAGACGUGUUGGAACAACCUCCAGAAGAGGAAGAGGAUGAGUGGCCUCCCUUCCGUAAAGUGGGAACAUUUGAUCCCUAUUCGGAUGAUCCUCGUCUAGCUGUAAAAAAGGUUCUCUUGUGUCCACUCUCCUCAAUUCUGGUAGUGGCUGGAACCGCGGGACAUGUUAUUACUGCAAGCAUAUCAUCAGAGCCUGUAAAUAAAGAAAUCGGGGCUGUCACUAUGAACAUUGUAAACGACCGCGACGGUUUUGUGUGGAAAGGACAUGAUCAACUUCCAGCAAGAACUAGUAGUAUCUCGUUCGCAGUUGGUUUCCAACCCCAAAGUCUUCUUCAGUUGCAUCCACCGGCUGCCGUGACUGCUCUCGCUAUGCACAGCGAAUGGGGGUUACUUGCUGCAGGCACUGCUCACGGAUUGGCUGUGUUUGAUUACACGAGGUCAAAGGCCGUUAGUGUCAAGUGCACUCUCAACCCUAAUGAUUUGUCCGGAGCUGGUGAUACUCCUAUUUCUAGAAGAAAAUCGUUCAAGAAAUCCCUGAGGGAGUCCUUCAGGAGGUUGCGCAAGGGUAGAUCUCAACGUCGUGCAAAUACAAGUAGCCCUACGCGAAAUCCGGUACCGGAUAAAAAGAAGGAGACGUCCAGUGUGGCAUCAUCACCAAGCGUGGAGUUAUCUCCAGUGGAAUUAAAACCUGUGGAAAGACAGGUGGAGGCUCGUCCAGUGGACGAUGCACUAGGCUCUAUGGUGCGCUGUCUCUAUUUCGCCAGAAGUUACAUCAUAAGCAUGCAAAAUACUACUCCUACUCUAUGGGCUGGCACGAACAAUGGGACAGUAUAUGUGUUCACCCUGGCUAUACCAGCUGGUGUUCGCCGAACCGAGGAGGACGUGAAUUGUACACUUGGAAAGGAAAUUCAAUUAAAGCAUCGAGCCCCAGUUGUUGCCAUAACAAUUCUCGAUGGAUCCAGCGUACCUCUUCCGGAGCCAUUCGAAGCCGAAAAAGGUGUUUGUCCGGGUCCUGAUAUGGCUUCACCGCAUAGAGUAGUAAUAGCCAGCGAAGAACAGUUCAAAAUCUUCAAUCUGCCGUCGCUCAAACCAUUCUGCAAGUAUAAGCUGACUGCUCAUGAAGGAUCCAGGGUACGGAAGACAGGAUUUGCAAAAUUCCAGUGUCAGGUCGAACCUGCUGGCAUCCACGAGGAAACUUGUCUUUUAUGUCUCACCAAUCUUGGUGACUGUUUGAUUUUGAGCGUUCCUGAACUUCGAAGACAGUUGAAUGCUGCUGCUAUCAAACGGGAAGAUAUAAAUGGUAUCUCUUCAUUGACGUUCACAAGAGCUGGCGAAGCUCUAUAUCUUCAUUCGAGUUCAGAACUUCAGCGCAUAUCUCUAUCGGCUACUAAGGUGAAGCGGGUUCAAUGUGCCUUGAAACUGCCACCUAAUGCCAGGGCGCCAGUGGAGCCUGCAGAGGAAGUUCAGAAUCAAGGUACUGUGGAAGGCAGAGCGGACACCGAAGGUGAGACACAAGGAAGCCAGCCAGUAGCAGCACCAAGAACAAUUACUGAGAACGGAACAGUUGGAUCAACACCUGGUGAAGAUUCAUCGAAGGAACCUUCCCUGAGACCGGCAGCAAGUACUAACGAGGUCAAUGGCGACGAUGACAGGCAGGAUUUGAGCUCGAUUGGUGACAUUACUAUUGACAGUGUCAAGGAUCACUUACUUAACAGUUCGCUUUUUAGAAGUGCCACAUCCUCCGAAGAACUUCACAGUCGUUUAGCAGGUCUUAAGAUGGAGGUGACGUCUAGAACAUCUGAAAUAUCUACACAGAAUCAGUCUCUCGUUGUAAAGACGACUACUGUCAUAUCCCAGGCACCGAGCAAUGGAAAUGCUACCAAUGGCGAGGUGGAGAACAACCAGGGUAACGAUGGCCAACAAGUUAACAGCACCAUGGUAGAGCGUGAGAUUAGCAGUGGAACUGAAACAACGACGACACACGCGACCAUCACGUUGCCCCCGAAUGUUGAGAUUAGUGCAGCCGAAUUGGCGAACCUCGAAGUUACAACUACGACCACGACUACGGAGAAAUCAAAGGCGCCACUGGCGAGGCCUGAGGAAGUCGGUUCCUAGAAAUUCACGGCCACACCUACUUCUUGAACCCUUAUCAUGGUCGGACUCCGUGGAACGUCGAUAUAUAUAUAUAAAAGCAUAUAUAUAUAUAAUAUGAUCCAGCAGCACCACGUCUCACGCAAAGAGCAAAUAAUAAUAGUUUAGAAAGUCCCUACUUAAAUAAAAGAACGUGUACACAGGCGGAGAUAUGUAGGAUUUAUAUACAAGUUAGAUUUUUUAAAAAAUCUAGAUUUAUACGCGAGAAACAUUAUUAUUAUUAUUAUUAUUAUUAACAUUAUCAUCAUCACUGUUGUAAAGGAGAAAGUGUCCUGAUUGCAUUAGAGCAUCUACUAGAGAAAGGGAGGGAAUAGAUGACAUUGUGACGUAAAUGUGUCCUUUCUAUUGUUUAGUGGCGGACGAAAGGAACGGAGUUUGUUAAUUUAUCCAUUUUAGAUUGCCGUGAAAACCAUUGCAUUUUAAAAACGAGAGAGAAACGCAAAGACGUUGAGGAUUCAAACAAACAAAUGAAAUUUAUCCCGUGCAGUAUUUAAAACUUAAAAAGUAGCUUUCAAUCGUCGUGCUGUCACAUGCCUUUGAUGAUUUAGGGGCUAAUUUUUAUCCCUGUUUUUAAAUUGUCGAUGCCUGCUUUAACUCUUUUGAGCAAAUCUUAUUAAAAUAAAAGAAUGAGGGAGGACAGCUACUGCGAGCGACCACGCGACUUAAAUCGUCAUUUUUAUUAUAAGAAUAAAAUAAUCCUUAGGACACGAUAUCAUGUAGAAGAGUUAGAUUUAAGGCAAGUUUUUAUUAUGAGAGUUUAACGAGUAAAGGAAAUAACCAUUUUUCUCCCUUUUCUCUUUAUUUUAAGUAUUAAUUUUGUUUAACUCUCUAGAUUGAGGUACGAGAGUAGAUUUUUUUGUUUGGAUACACAUAUAUGUACAUGCGCGCAUACAUAGAUACAUCACAAAUUGUGAGUACGGCAGCCAUAACGUAGUUUUUAUGCGCAUCAAUGGAAGACUUUCGACUAUGUGUUUUCAUCUUUCCCUUUUAUAAUAAUCUAUUCUAAUUUACUGUUUUUUUUUUUCAUUCUAUCUUUUUCCCUCCACGACAACGCAACUUAAGCCGCUUUCAGUAUUCCACUUUAUUUUUUUCUUUUAUUUCUCUCGAGCCUCCAUUAGUCGGCCGGCCGGAAUUCUUGUGCGGAACUGACGUGUUUAUACAAUUGCUAUUACUUAACGGAAAGAGUAAAGAAACAACAGCUAUAGCAAUAACAGCAAUGAUAAAACACAUGUCACUAAGGAUAUUAGAAGCCGCGGCGUAAUUUAAUUGUGAAAUGCGCGGUAAUAUGAAAUAUAAAAGUAAAAGAAAAAAAAAAAAAAACAUGCACAUACAGGCAAAUAUAUAUAUACACAUAUAUAUUUUUAUCAAUGUUGCUUAAUGGUAAGUCUCGUUCUCCCCCGCACUUAUUCGUGAAGGUACAAAACUCGUGUUUUGUAAUAACGAGCCUUUGUUUUUAUUAUAUAGAGAAGGAAAAGAAAUUAGGAGAGUCGAUUAGGUUUCCUACUUUUUCAAUUAGGUUGUAUAUGUUUCCUCUUUCUUUUAAACUACUAGCUAAUCCUUUUAUGUUAUAUCUACGUUCGCUUAAGUAGACCCAUUUUAAUCGUUCAUGAAAACGUUCUUUUUUAUAAUUAUAAUUAUGUCUUUUAUUUUUAAUUUUUUUUUUUUGUUGGUGGAGGACAAUUUCCAGCCUAUUAUUUUCUAAUCUUAGACAGAGGAAGAUAUCUAUUUUUUUUCCGUAUUAGAUGUGAAUAGCAAUAAAAAUAUUUGCGAGCUCUUACUCCUUGAACUCUUGAAGACGAAGAAAAAUAUGCAAAAUUUAUAUCAGCGCCAUCUCGUCGAUAUAAACUUAAUUUAUCCACUGCCUGUAUGUUUCGAUCUCGAUAUAAUAAAUGUUUUGAAGAAAUAGGAAGGACCAAAAAAAUCGCAACAAAGGCGCGAAAACGAAAAAAAGAUGCUUGUUGACUUGAAACGAGAGUACAGAUUUAUCUUCCAGUAUAUAUAAUUUCCAUACUUCUGCUGAUAGUGAUUUUUUUCUAUUUUUGUUUGUUUUUAAUGUUAAUUUAUUAUUACUAUUAUUGUACGCGAUGUGCUGUUUUACUGUACGUAUGAUAUGUAUUAAUAAGUUUAACGUCGAGGCCUUUGUAGAUAGAUUAUUUGAGAAAUGAAAGGAUAUUCAAUAA